CGGCGAGGGCAGUCGCAGUCGCCAUGGUCGACGUAGCACUCAGCCAUGGCAUGCAAGCGGCGCUUGAUCACGCGGCCACGUCACCGCCCGACGCCGAGAGCUACGGAGCAGCACUUGUCGCUGCCAUGCACGAUUUGACGGCGGUGGAGUCCGUUGCACGGUGUCUAGAGUCGGCUCGAGAGACAUUGCCGGAACCAACGCUGGCAACAGCUAUUGAUGCGCCAUCGAUCGUAGAGUCCACUGUAAAGGUGGCCGCGCCCUCGGUGGUGUGGACCUCGUGGGACGCGCCAAUGUACGACUCGGUCGCCAACCUCCUCAGCUUUGUUGCGUGGUUUUCGCUGCCAAUCGCUUCGGUACCGCAAGUGGCACGCGCGGCGCCAGCAAUGCCGGCGCUCUCGUUGCCGCCAACCGCACGCGACGAGCCCGACGAAUGGGACCAUGAUCGCGACAUGGCCACGUCGCGUUUGGCCGGCAACCUCGUCCGGUCAUGGCUGCACGCGGCCGUCUACGAGCCGCAGAGCGCCAUUGCAUCCAGUGUCGUGGACGACUGCAUGCCGCUCGACACUUCCUCGCACGCGGGUAUUUGUGAUGCCGGCCCUUGGGAUGUUAUCGCGGUCUUGAGCCCGCCAGUGACAAGCACGGACACGUGGGCGGAAGCUGCGACGACCAUCGCUGCGCAGAACGUCCGCGUACGGCUCACAGACGCCGCACUCUCCGCAGCAACCACGACGAUGGCAACCACCACGCCAGACACCGUCACGUCUUCAGAGCUCGCGAUCAACGUUUCAAAGGCCAAGGCAAGCGACGCUGGGAUCUCGGAGCGAUACCUCGAUGACGUGGCAUCUUUGGCGGCGACUGUCGCCCAAAGCUGCAUCGAUGCUGCGUGCCACGUCAUUUGCGCAAAGGCAUUGUAUUCCACCGCCUCCAACGACGAGCCCGAGCCCGAGGCUUGCGAGUCCACUGCGUGCAUGGACGCCAAGGUCGAGCUCACCAAGAUGAUGCGGCCGACCGCCCUCGUGGCGACACGCGCUGUCGACGCCUGGAUGCACGCUGCGCUGAUGACGUCGAGCGCUGCUAUAAGAACUGACAAGAGCUCGUAUGUGCUAAAGACGACGUCGAAAGUCGGUACCGACAUGACGCCAACGACUUCAUGUGUUGCGGACGUGAAUGGUCUUGCAAGCGUUGCCCGUCAAUACGCCCGUGCGGCGACGUCCGAUGCCAUCGCAGUGCUCGCAGCGGGUCUUUCAAGCCCAUCGGUAUCCAUCGACAUCAAGGCGAUCGACGUAGCUCCCACAGCGACGUUGGUGUCGGCCAUAGGCGUUGCAUCUGCAACGCGAGAUGACCCCGACCUCACACUCUGUGAGAGCGGGCUCGACUCGUGUCUCCGUGACAUGGCGACGCAGCUCGUGCAGGCGUGGACCGAGGCCGCAGUCCGAGCCAUGAUUGAACAACACGAGUCCACGGCAGAAGCCCUUGAGACGCCCGACCCGCCUUGCCUCGACGAUUGUCAGCCUAUCGAUGCUGUACCGCUGAUGGAAGAAGAAGAGGACAGCAUGUGCUCGCAGGUCGCUGCAUCGAUCCUCGCGGGCCACCUCGUGCGCGCGUGGAUCGCCGAUACGAUCGCAGAAGUUGCUUGGUUCACGUCUCGUCCCCAUGAGCACGACGCUGCCGUGGCGUCCUUGACCAAUGCCACGCCAUCGUCUUUGCUCGAGAAGGCGACAGCGCUAGCCUCUGCCCCGGAGACGAUCGACGCCAGCGAAAUGGCGGCGCAUGACAACGAGGUGGCUGUGACCUUUCUCGCCGGCCGACUCGUGCGUGCGUGGCUCUAUGAAACCUGUGGUGUCAUUGCGGAACGAGCCCUGGCGUGUACGGCUGCGUCACUUGCUCCCCUGGACGUCUGCGAUAACAGCGAUUCUGUUGUCGUCUUGCCAGCAGAGCUGUCCGAGGCCGAGACAACCAAGGACGAUAUCGUGGACGUGGCCGCCUCUGUCUUGGCCGGUCAACUUGUCCGCGCAUGGCUGUACGAGACGAUGAAUGAGGUCGUUCAGUUUUCUGCACGACGCCACGAGCAUGCCGCCGACGCUUCCGCAUGCACCGUGACAGAAGCCCCUGCGUCACCCGUGGUCGUUGAUGACCCGCCGCCUACGCUUUCCAUGGCGCCGGUCAUCAUUGAUGGUGCAGAGCUCGAGACAAGCGAUGACAGUAUGGUGACCGUCUCGAUCCUCGCCGGGCAGCUUGCCAAUGCGUGGGUCUACGAAACCAUGGACAACAUUCUCACCCAACGAUCGGCCGAACAAAAUGAGCUCAAAACCAACAAGUCGCAAAGCGAGCUUCAACCAUCGCGCGCCAUGGACGAGGAGUUGUCUCCAAGCAGUGAGAAUACAUCUGCCGUGGAGCCACUCGCCGAUGACAUCAGCGACGCAUCGCUCGUGGUCGCAGUGUCGAUACUGGCUGGACAACUCGUUCGUAUGUGGGUCUACGACGUGAUGGACAGUAUUGUCCAACGCUCGACACAGCAACUUGCGUCGGCCCUCAAUGUCGUUGAUGACGCGCCGCUGGUCGCCAUCGACCUUGUGUCCGCAGACGACAAAGCGUCCGAUGAGCCUCGGGACGACACGGUGGCGGCGUCCAUUUUGGCCGGACGGCUGGUGCGCGCGUGGACGUACGACGUGAUAAAGGAGAUCGCGCAGUUGACGGCGCGACGACACGAACAUGCGACGUCGUGUGCUGACGCCGAGACCGUCAUCUCUGCGAUCGUCAUUACGGAGUCGAAGACAGCUGAUGCUGAGACUGUCGAUACCGAGACCGCCGACGCUGUGGACGCGACACACGAACGGGUUGCUGCCACCACAGAUACAGCUGGCUUGCCCUCAACCAACGUCCAAUUAAUACCACCCGAGGAAGUUGAGAUCCUCGAGCCAAGCGCAUGCGAGUUGGCCGAGAGCAAUCGCGCGGUCGCUGCCUCGAUGCUUUCGGGGCAGCUCGUGCGUGGGUGGCUGCACGAGGCGAGUUUGAGCUGCGUAACACAGCUGCUCGUCACCGAUGCCAGCGCGGCACUGCCCUCCUUGACGGACCACGUCGCAGCGUUAACAGCGCCGUGGACACAGCCGACCCAUGGCCUGUACGUCGAAGUGGCCGAGCACUUUGAGGCGGCUUCGUGGCGGCCCGUCCCAGCCUUCACAACAAGCGCAGGCCACUCUCCCGCCGCCGUAGAGGUCCCGAGUAUGUCGGAGCUCCAGCGCCUGCCCAUGGACGUCGUUGCGCCUCUGCCAGCAUCCGAGUUGCCAGAUCUCGUCGAGACAAUGCCCAAGGUGCCGCUUUGGCGCGUCAACACGGAGCUCUCUUUGUCCAUCGAUGACGCCAUCACCGCUUCUCGGAUUGCUGGUCAACUCGUGCGCGUCUGGCUGCACGACGCCGUGUCUUCGGUGGCUGCGACUACCUGCAAGCCAUCGCGUAGCAUUUUGCUCGUCGAGGGCGCGUCUGUUGUGUCUCCCAACGAGAAUACCACACGGUUGCCAGCACGUCCCGACACCUCCAAGCAAGUGAGCUCCUCAGCGGUCGAUCCGACCUUGUGCGCACUCUUAUCCCGGCACCUUCUGUCCACGUGGCUGACAGACGCCAUGGAGCGUACUGCGGCCAAAUCUGUCUGCGUUCAGAAGGAAAUCCCAGCGGCCUAUGACCAAGCACAAGCAGACCCGCCACCUGAUGUGCUCUCGGUGGCGCUUCCUGCGUCAGUACCCGUCCCCCCUGCACCCCCCGUUUUGGUGGUGACUUCCCACACGGCGCUUGUCACGAUCGAGCAAGCCGUCGCGACAACACUCGUUCACCAGUGGCUUGUCGGCGCAGUUGCCAAGGCUGUCGACGACGCUGCGCUUGAGAGCUCCGACUCGGAGACAGCCACGUCCUAUGUCUCGUCGUCUGAUAGCCGUUCGAGCCUCUCAAGCUACUCGUCCGAGUCGACGUCGAGCUACGGGUCGUCGUCGCUAAGCUCGUCCAAGGCUUCGAGUGUGUCCGAUCUCCACGCAUCGUCCGCGAGCUCUCUCUCGCCGCUCGACGAAGCGAGCUAAGACGUACUGGUUUUGUUGCUGUUUUCAAUUAAUAUACACUAUUUGCUGUCACGA